CGCUGCAACUGAAAAACUUUUUUUUCAGAAUGGCUUUCUAUCAGCUUUGCCCUACUUGGCCAUGUGGAUUUUCUCCAUCAUGGUCAGUCAGAUCGCCGAUUGGAUGCUGACUAAGACCUACUUCAGCUCAACUCUAGUCAGGAAAAUUUUGAACAGCAUCGGCCAAUUUGGACCGGCAAUCGCUCUGUUUAUUGCUGCUUUUACUGGAUGCGACAAAUGGGUAACAGUCACCCUUCUCACCAUUGGGGUCGGUUUGAACGGGGGUACCAAUUCAGGCUUCAGAGUGAACCAUUUGGAUAUUUCUCCGCAAUUUGCCGGCAUUCUUAUGUCUUUCACCAACUGUAUGGCCAAUAUUGUAGGACUGAUGGCACCCAUUUAUGCCGGAUUUAUGAUCAAGGGAACGCCCAGCGUCGAAAAGUGGAGGAUUGUCUUUAUAACAGCAUCUGGAGUUUACGCGUUUUGUUGUACGUUUUAUUUGCUCUUUGCAUCUGGUGAAAGACAACCGUGGGACAAGCCUCAAGAAGAAGAUAAAGAGCAAAAAGAACAAAAAGAACGUAUGGUUUGAUGCAUGAAAACUAGCUGGAAGCCAAGUUUAGUUUCUCGUUAUCAAUCAGACAAAACAAAAAAUCUCCAAUAAAUGCUAUUGAAAGACCUCUAGACUAAAAACGCCAUUAUGUUUAACUAAUUUUCUAGCGGCAGAUUCAUGCCGAAGUGAAGUGCAUAAUUUUCAGGACGAUAAACUAAUAUGAAUCAAGUGUUUUGAGAGAAAAUUGCACAUGUUUGUGAUUGCGAUAUUAUUUAUAUGUAUAUGCCUUAAUUAUGCUCAUUAUUUGGAUGUUCAUGAAUGGGUUGUAGGUAAAAUAUACACAUAUUUUUAAUAAGAGAAGAACUGUGAGUGUUAAUGAAGUGAUUUAAGUAAGUCUACAUUUUCAGUUAUAAUUUAGGUACAACAUACAUAUAUUUUUGUUAUCAUAUGUCACCCUUUAUAUGGUACUUGUUUAUUUAUAUUUAUAUUAUGAACAUAAUACAUUUUAUCUUCAAAUAUCAGACGCCUUGAUCAGAGUGUUGAUUCGGUUUUAAGCUCAGUCGAAAAGAAAUUGCAUGUGCGUAAAGUACACAAUUUGCAUAAAGUGGUUUUAUUUUUUCAACAUGGCAAAUUUUGUAUUUAAAAUUCUAUAGAAAAUCCUGGCGAUUUAUAUUGUGAAACCGGGUUUACUAAACUCAUUUUAGGACAAUUUACAGCAGCAAAAUCAUUGCCAUUGUUUUGAACUUGCAUAAAAUGUAGCAACACUCUUUAUAAUAAAUUGUACUAGAUUUUAUAAAAUUGAUGAAAAUAAAUAUUUUUCUACGAA